AUGCGCGCCAUCGGCGAGUUCGAGCUCGCGGAGAUGGUCCAGGGGAGGAUUGUGGACCUGACGAUCCAGACCUUCGGCGCCGGGUCCAUCGACCACGCGCGGGCCAUGGAGGGCCUCGCCAUGGUGCUUUAUGCUCAAGAAAAAUACAAGGAGGCCGAGCCCAUCUUCCGCGACUCCAUGCGGCUCAAGGAGGAGCGGCUCUCGCACAACGACCCGGAGCUCGGCCCGCUGUUGUCCUACAUGUCCCUGUGCCUCGAGCGCCAGGGCAACUUCGAGGACGCCGUGGGCCCGAGCCGGCGCGCGCUGGAGAUCCGCGAGGCCCAGCUCGGGCCCGACCACCCGGACGUGGCCAAGCUCCUCAACACGCAGGCGAACCUGCACUACGCGCAGGGCCGCUACGAGCACGCGGACCCGCUCUACCGCCGGGCGCUCCACAUCACGGAGCGGCGCAUGGGCGAGAAGCACCCGGACGUGGCGACGGCGCUGAACAACCUCGCGAGCCUCCUCUACCAGACGCGGCAGUACGGCGAGGCGAUGGCGCAGUACGAGCGCGCGCUCGGCAUCCGCGAGCGCCAGCUCGGCCCGGAGCACCCGGACGUGGCGACGCUCGUGAACAACAUGGCGGCGCUCCUCGCGGCGCAGAAGAAGUGGGCCGAGGCGAAGCCGUUGUACGAGCGGGCCAUGGACAUCUACGCGAAGCGCCUCGGGUCCGAGCACCCGCUCUUCGCGACCGCGCUGACGAACCUGGCGACCAUGUACCGCCAGAUGAACGACUUCCAGGCCGCCGUGCCCCUCUACCGCCUCGCCCUGCGCCUCAGGGCGAAGCACUACGGCGAGGUCCACCUCGAGGUCGCGGCGGCGACGACGGUGCUCGCGGCCGUGCUCCGGAACCUGCACCGCUUCGACGAGGCCAAGGCGCUCUACAAGAAGGCGCUGAAGACGCGCGAGGAGUGCGCGGGCAAGAUCUCGCGGCCCGUGGCGACGUCCUUCAACAACCUGGGCCACUGCCACAAGUGCGUGGGCGAGUUCCGGGGCAGCAAAAGGGCCGAGCCCAUCUUCCGCGACUCCAUGCGGCUCAAGGAGGAGCGGCUCUCGCACAACGACCCGGAGCUCGGCCCGCUGUUGUCCUACAUGUCCCUGUGCCUCGAGCGCCAGGGCAACUUCGAGGACGCCGUGGGCCCGAGCCGGCGCGCGCUGGAGAUCCGCGAGGCCCAGCUCGGGCCCGACCACCCGGACGUGGCCAAGCUCCUCAACACGCAGGCGAACCUGCACUACGCGCAGGGCCGCUACGAGCACGCGGACCCGCUCUACCGCCGGGCGCUCCACAUCACGGAGCGGCGCAUGGGCGAGAAGCACCCGGACGUGGCGACGGCGCUGAACAACCUCGCGAGCCUCCUCUACCAGACGCGGCAGUACGGCGAGGCGAUGGCGCAGUACGAGCGCGCGCUCGGCAUCCGCGAGCGCCAGCUCGGCCCGGAGCACCCGGACGUGGCGACGCUCGUGAACAACAUGGCGGCGCUCCUCGCGGCGCAGAAGAAGUUGGCCGAGGCGAAGCCGUUGUACGAGCGGGCCAUGGACAUCUACGCGAAGCGGCUCGGGUCCGAGCACCCGCUCUUCGCGACCGCGCUGACAAAUUUAGCAACCAUGUACCGCCAGAUGAACGACUUCCAGGCCGCCGUGCCCCUCUACCGCCUCGCCCUGCGCCUCAGGGCGAAGCACUACGGCGAGGUCCACCUCGAGGUCGCGGCGGCGACGACGGUGCUCGCGGCCGUGCUCCGGAACCUCCACCGCUUCGACGAGGCCAAGGCGCUCUACAAGAAGGCGCUGAAGACGCGCGAGGAGUGCGCGGGCAAGAUCUCGCGGCCCGUGGCGACGUCCUUCAACAACCUGGGCCACUGCCACAAGUGCGCGGGCGAGUUCGAGGAGGGCGUCGUCGCGUACAAGCGCGCGCUGCGGAUCCGCGAGAAGGUCCAGGGCAACGACAGCGUGCCCUACGCCAAGAGCCUCGUGGGGCUCGGGACCUGCUACAUGGAGCUCCAGAAGUGGACCGACGCGGUCGACUCCUACGCGCAGGCCGUCGCGAUCAUCGAGCGGUCGGACGGCCCGGACUCGACGGACCUCGUGCGGCCGCUCAAGGACCUCGCCAUCGCGCUCUCCAAGCUCGGCCGGAACAAGGAGGCGCGCGAGAACCGGCGCAAGUCCGUCGCCGUGCACCGGGCCAUCGCGCGCGAGGGCGGCGGCAACUCCAUGAUGGAGACGUCGCUCCGCGCGACGUCCAAGACCUGCGUCAUCUCCUGA